AUGGCGUUGCAAAGGCGACCUUGUACGAUGGGCACUAGCCCAAGCCAUGCCCACAGAGCUCUAGCAUCUGUGCGACGAGCGCGCCUGGUAGUGGCAGCCGCGGCAAGGACAACGACCAAAACAGCGAAUGGGAAGCUUUCUGUGCUGGAGCGACAGCAGGCGGAACAGGCUGUCCUCACCGCACUCAACGGCGCUCGCGGCCGCGGCAAGGAAGGCCUCAGCCCAGACCAGUUGGAUGAACUCAACCGGGCAGUGGAGGUGCUGGAAGCCGACGGUGGUGUGGCCGACCCCACCACCCAGCCCUCCCUGGACGGCCGCUGGCGGCUGCUGUACACCUCCCGCCCCGGCUCUGCCUCCCCCAUCCAGCGCACGUUCACGGGUGUGGAGGCCUUCAGUAUCUUCCAGGAGGUCCAACUGACGUUGAGGGGCCCCGAGGCGGCGGCUGAGGACGGGGGGGAGGAGCAGGAGGAGGAGGAGGAGGGUCCCCGGGUGAACAACGUGGUCGAGUUCGGCAGCCUGGGCUUCCUCAGGGUCGAGGCUCAGGCCAGUACGGACACCCGCCCAUUGGUGGGUUUCACCCCGCGCCCAGGCGAGGGGCUGCCGCUGUUCGGCAAGUCCUUCACCUACCCACCGAUACGGCCCAACAGCCGCAUAGACUUCCAGUUCGAUCGAGCCGCCUUCACCUUCCGCUUCCUACCCUUCAAGCUGCCCUACCCGGUGCCCUUCAAGCUCCUGGGAGAUGAACGCAAGGGUUGGCUAGACGUGACGUACAUGAACACGGACGGCACCUUCCGGUUGAGCCGGGGCAACAAGGGCACCUUGUUCGUACUGGUGAAGGACGUUCCCAUCAAGCAGCGCCUUAUGGAGGCCAUAUCCCGCGGAGAUGACGAGCUGGUGCUUGCGCUGGUGGGCCUUAUGGAGCAGGACAACCCCACCCCCGCACCCGCCCGCAGCGCCUUGGCAUCGGGCCGCUGGCGAUUGGUGUGGUCACAGCAGGCGGAGACAGCCUCGGCGCUUCAGAAGUGGGGCAGUGGCCAGGCGGAGAGCUUUCAGGAGAUUGACGGCGAGACGGGGAGCGCGGCGAACGUAGUGCAGCUGAGCAGCUGGGCACAGGUGCGGGCCAAUGCACGAGUGGAGGCGUCGUCGGACAGCCGUACGGCAGUGGACAUUCAGGACGCGGGGUUAUACUUGGGACCUUUGAAGCUGCCAGUGCCAGCAGGGGGACGAAAAGGCGAUACGCCAGGUUAUAUUGACUGGCUGUAUCUGGACGAGGACUUGCGGAUUACGCGGGGCUCUAAAGGAAGCCUGUUCAUCCAUCGGCGAGAAGCUUGA